CACACAUACAGAGGGGCGAGGAAAUAAAAGGACAUCCAACAUAGCAGUGACAAGAAGAGGGUUCAAUUGAGUUGGAUUAGUUGCAGAUUUUCAGCACACAUAUUGGUCCUACAUUCUCUCUCCUUACACUGACAGAGUAACAUUGACUUGUUGUAUCCCACUUUCUGGACCGAGAGGAACACAAACCCACCUAGGUAGUUGUGUGUGGGCUGAGCUGAGGGAUGUCUGUGUCUGUGUCUCUGUGGUGUGAGGAGGAAGUCCGAGGCCAGCAAGGUCAGGGAGCCCAGCAGGGCCAGGCCAGGGGCCAUUCACAGCUCCGGGCCCCCUGGGACCCCAGUGUGUCUGGGCAGCGGAUCAUCCAGAGGCUGCUACAGGUGGAGGAGAGAUAUCUGCCCUCCGCCCUCUACGUCGCCCUCAUCCAGAGAGAGCCGGAGCGCAGAGAGGAGCUCGCCAAGUGGGCUAUGGAAGUAUGCUGUGAGCGUGGCUGUGACGAAACAGUGUUUCCCCUGUCUGUCUCUAUGUUGGACCGCUUCCUGUCUGCCUCCCUGUCUCUCCCUGUCUCACCCUACUGCCUGGCUGCAGCCUGCAUCCUCAUCGCCUCCAAACUAACAGAGUGUGACACAAUCUCUGCUGACUCUCUUUGUGCUGCAGCUGAGUACAGCUUCCUGCCCUCCAACAUACGGGAGAUGGAACGUGUCAUCCUUGCCACUCUUCGAUGGGACGUUGCUGCGGUAACUGCUCAGGACUUCAUUCCACAUUUCCUUCCCCCUGUAGGGGAGAGGAAGGAUGGAAAGGCAGACACAGAGGAGUUAUUCUCCACACUGCGUCGGCAUAGUGACACCCUGGUUGCCAUGUGUGUCUGUGACUACCGUUUCCUGGGAGCCCCUCCAUCCCUGGUUGCUGCGGCAGCGCUGAACUCUGCCCUCCGGGGUUUGGGCAACAAGGGUCCAGGUCAUCUGGGUCAUAUGAGUGCUACACUGGCAGAACUGUGUCAGACUGACCUGAUGGUGUUGCAGUGUUACAGUGAAUUGAUAGAAGCUGCCCUCAAACAACGGCUCAGAGGUGGACUCCAAGACAGUGCCAUGGAGAAGGAUGGAGAAAUAGAGGAUGAAAGAGCAGGCACUCCUACUGAUAUGAGAGAGAUUGAUUUCUAAACACUAAAUUGUGUAAGGCAAAGUGCGAAUCAAUCAAAGUCCUGCAUGUAGCUCAUCAGUGAAACUGAUAUAAACUCUUUAUGACCUCAAAUGCUCUACAAUUUAUUAUAUUUUGAAAUUACUUUAAUUUAAUAUUGUUUAUUUAUUCAUUGUGUUUCUUGUGCCAUAUUUAUUAUUUAUUUCAUGACUGUGAUUCUUUGUCAUUAUGUUGUUGAUAGUAUGUCCUUAAUCUAUU